AUGGAGAUGGAGAUGGAGGGGAAUAUUCGUACUUACGCCGAUGGUUCUCAUUCCACCCUGUCGCUGCCUCAGCCCGAAGGAUAUCAGACAACAGAAAAGCGCAGGCUAUUACUGAUUUAUAUCCAUGGCUUCAUGGGAUCAGAAGCCAGCUUCCAUGACCUUCCGCUGCAUGUUCAUGAUCUGUUAACGGGCUCGUUGGCCGAGUCACACGUGGUGUACACCCGCAUGUAUCCUAGAUACAAGUCUCAAGGCGAGAUACAAACAGCCGUGGAUCAAUUCAGUGCCUGGCUAUUGCCACAUGAGGCAGAUGAUCUGGAUGUUAUCUUGCUAGGACAUAGUCUCGGCGGAAUCCUAGCUGCAGAUGUCGCUCGCUUACAACAAGACAAGCGAGCAAAGCAUCGAAUUUUGGGAGUAGUGGGAUUCGAUGUCCCUUUUCUGGGAAUCCAUCCCCGCGUCAUAGCAACGGGAACCAUGGGCUUGAUACCUAAGAGAGACCCGGCAGAUGAAGAGAAGCUUGCGGCAGAACAAGAACCUCUGGUCUUGGAACCAGCCUUAAAGCCCGCCCCUUUCAACCCCAACUUUGACCCACCAUUUAUGAACGAUGUGCGCCUGGUUGAUCGUGGCUUCCUCGAUGGCAUUAUCCAUUUUGUCAACAAAAACACCGACAAUCUCUCCCGAUCUAUCUUCGAGCGCAUAGUAUCACCCUUGACAUUUGCUGGUUGUGUCAAUAAUUAUUCUGAACUUCGUCAGCGGUACCGGCACUUGAUGGAGUUGGAAGGUGCCGAGUCCAGUCCCUGGAGAGUACGAUUUGUCAAUUACUAUACUGCGAGCACUGGUCGCAAACCGCGAAACUGCAAGACGAACGCCGAAAAGAAAGCCGAAAAGGCGGAAAGGAAAGCUGAAAGGGCUGAAAGAAAAGCCGAGAAGAAAGCUGAAAAGAAAGCUAGAAAGUCUACGAAGAAAGAUGAAGAGUCUACAAGAAAGGUCGAAAUUGAUCUGGAUGAAUACACAACGAAAAUCCACUCGCCUGAAUACUCAGAUACGUCAAGCGGUUCCGAAGAAACUGAAAUAACCACUUCCAUGAACAACAUGACAAUCAAACGAAAGCCCUUAAAGUCCGCUACUUCUCAUCCUUCCCUGGCAACCGAAAAUGCCAACGAUGACAAGGAUAAUCUGCUAGUGGACCAUGCAAGCACCGCACUAUCUACCUCAACCUCAAUCGACCGAAUAGAGAACCAGUCCCUCUCAGGAAGCAUUUCCCUCUCAACCGAGAAUGGCUCUAUCACAACCACAGACUUUUCAGACCCUAAUAAACAACACCUUCGCAAAUUCGUUCUCUUGCCGUCACAUCAUUGGAGGCACAACAAUAACUCCCAUUGGACGCCGAUAUUAAUGGAGGAUAUGGACGAAGUUUUGGCACAUCAGUCCAUGUUUAUCCCACAGGGUGCAAACUACGACCACCUUGUCGGGGAUAGCGUUGGGCUAAUUGAGCAAUGGAUUGAGAACGAUCUUACCCAGCGGUUUCUCCAAAAACCUCUUAACUAA